ACUUCCAUCUGCUGGAAACACCCGCCUCUUUGGUUCCCAGCCAAACAAACAAAGCUCAGAUGGAGAUUUCUCUCCCUUCAGUAACAGCACAGUCUCUGGCCAGCUGAUCUUCGUCACUUAGCCCGGCUGGUUUUAUAAAAUCCAACUCCUGUUAGCCGGUUACUACCUUUUUCUUACCUAUAAGUGACGGUUUGUUAUUUCAGCCAUUGCGCAACAGUAACGUUAGCUAGCUGCCGCUGCCAGUAAACAUCAGCCGGUUGGUCUGUCACCGGCUGUACUUUAGGAAAGGUUCGUCAACUCGAAUGACAGUCCCGGUUCGGUUCGGCUCCCGAACGGAGAACAGAUGUUAAGCAAGAUUUUUUGAUUCAAGCUAGCUACCGGCACAUUAGCCGUAGCAGCCGUGUACAUUAACAACCCCCCUCCUGCUCUUUCCCUCGACUCUCCAGUUAACAUGAGUGCAAUGCGUGUGGAUGCUAAAGUGGUGAUGCUGGGAAAGGAGAGUGUGGGGAAGACCAGCCUGGUGGAGAGAUACGUCCACCAUCGCUUCUUGGUCGGCCCCUACCAGAACACUAUCGGUGCUGCUUUUGUUGCCAAACCAAUCCAAGUGGGAGAGAACGUGAUCACCCUGGGAAUCUGGGACACGGCGGGAUCAGAGCGAUAUGAAGCCAUGAGCAGGAUCUACUACAGAGGAGCCCGGGCUGCCAUAGUCUGCUAUGAUCUGACCGACAGCAGCAGUUUCCAGAGGGCUCGGUUCUGGGUGAAGGAGCUGCAGAACUGCGAGGAACACUGUAAGAUCUACCUGUGCGGCUCUAAGAGCGACCUGAUCUCAGAAGACCGGAGUCUGCGCCAGAUCGACUACCACGAUGCUCAGGACUUCGCCGACGAGAUCGGUGCCCAGCAUUUUGAGACCUCCAGUAAAACAGGAAGUAACGUGGAUGAGUUGUUCCAGAAAGUUGCAGAAGAUUACAGAAGCACUUCCUUCCACGGUAUGACACUGCAGGAAACGGGCGUGGACCUGACCCCGAAGAAGGACUCAUCUUUCUAUUCCUGUUGCCAUAACAACUGAGGAAGAGGAAGGGGAAAAGGACGUGUUCGCCUCCCCCUGGUUGGAUGAGAAUCUGUUUUUUUAUGCUGGAUGAAAGGAUGGGAAACUCUGCUCUGGAGCUGGGAUCCAAGUCACAGAAAUUCAAGCUGCACAAAUAGUUUUUUUUUCAUUAGGUUUCUUUUGUGCCAUAAAAAAACACAUAAAAAAACCAGACGGCUUCAAGACUUUAUGGAAGAGGAUCUGCUAUGGCUGCUACUGGGUGUGAGGGAUCUAAAAACUGAUGUCCAGUGAUGUCCUUCUCCUUCCGUAGCUUCGUCUGGAAGUGAAAACGCCUCUAAAGCUGUGGUGUUUAUCAAUCUGAAGACAACAACGUGAUUGUUUGCAGUGCAGUGAUCGAGGAGGGUUCUGUUGAGCUGUUUAACCUGGUUGUCCGUUAUUCCUGACAAAGAGUGGAGUGAAGCAAACUGGAUCUAAAAAACCAAACACUCCAACGUUCCCGUUUACAGACGCCCUGAGAGGCCAAUGAGAAAAACAAAUCCUGGUGAUACAACGUUUAACAUCUGGUCUGAAUACAUUUCUCUCUCUAACGACUAAAGGAAAGGUGGUUUUCCAGCAUUUAAGAUCCUCUUUUAAUUGUAUUUUGUCUCUGAAAUGGGUCUUAACCUUUCUCUCAUAAUUUAUAAAGACAAGAAAGAAAACUAUUUAGAUCAGACUUUAGAACAAGUUUCACCAGAGUUGUUUUGCAUGAAUGAAAUGAUAUGAAUCAUAGUAAUUUAUGCCUUAAUAGCCACAAAUUAAAUGUGUAAGUCCAACAUUUUGCAGAGCGCUGGCUCUUUAACGUUUACAAAAGCACUCUGGAUGUAUGAAGAACAGGCAGGGGUCACUGGUGGUACUGCAGAGAUAAAAACACUGCCGCCCUGAAGGCGUUGUCCGGUUAGACUGCCAUUAUAAAAGAGACGUCUAUAAAACGACAUAUAUUAAUAUCUGUAUAACCAUCCCAGUGUAAAGUCUAUGGGAUGAUCUAAAAAUUGGGUAAUGCACCCCGUUAGCAACCUUCUUUCAAAUGAAUGGCCGCCAUUUUUGUAGUCCAGUUUCAUGUUCAUAUAUCACAGCCACAGUGACGGCACGUAGAACAUAUGACACAUUAUCUUUUGCAGAAUAAGCUAUGAUUCUGAUUUUAGGGGGACUUUACAUUAAGCUGCAUGACCUGACAAACAUUUUAGUUGCUUUUCCACAUUUAAACUCUCAAAUGUCUAUUUUGUCAUUUCAAAUGCAUAGAGCACACAUGGAAAUGUGACUGGCAAAAUAUUCGUUCAGUCUUUGCUUCAGUGAGAUGUUCCUUUUCGAAGCGUUUAAGAAACACUUCCCCUCUACUCUGGUGAAAAACUGCAGAUUUCACCAACAGGAAAAAGAAAGGUUGUGGUUGAGUGUUGCAAACUGUCCUCUCGGAUGUCCUCAGAACAAUAUCUACAGCUUUGUCUAACUUAAGGACUCUAAUUUAUUGCCUUUUUAAGUUAUGCUGCCUGGAAGACGUGGGGAAAUAAAGGAUAUCUGGUUCCUCCGUGUUGCUGCUUUGACGUGUUGAUGUUUCGUUUGUUUGAAUUUUGAUGCACAAUAUUUUUCAUGGAGGGCGAUGUUAAGUACCAAUAUGUUCUGUGAAAUUAAAGCUUGUUGAAAUAACA